AGCCGUCACAGAGCAGGUGAGCGAGCGCCUGUCCGAGCCUCCAGCCAAUCGGCGUGCGCACUGUGCUGCGGGGCAUGCCGGGUAGUGUCCCUAGUGACGGUUGCUAAGGAGCUGAACAGUACCGGGAACAUGGUGAAACAGACUAUCCAGAUCUACGCCCGGGUGAAGCCCAGCAGGAGGCAGGCCGGGAUCUAUUCUGUUAGUAAUGAAGAGGCCGGAGCCCCAUGUUUGGAGAUCAUUGUGCCCCGCGACUUGGCUGAUGGAUUUGUGAAUAACAAGCGGGAAAGCUACAAGUUCAGAUUUCAAGAGGCUUUCGACCAAGAAACAAAGCAGGAAGCAAUCUUUGAGCGUAUCGCUAAACCAGUAGCAGAAAGUGUACUUACCGGCUACAAUGGGACCAUAUUUGCCUAUGGACAGACGGGCAGUGGCAAAACGUUUACCAUUACCGGAGGAGCCGAGCGUUACAGUGACCGAGGGAUCAUCCCCAGGAUACUGUCCUUCAUAUUUGAGCAGUUUCAGAAGGACAGCAGUAAAGUCUACACCAUCCACAUCUCCUACCUAGAAAUAUACAAUGAGUGUGGCUACGAUCUGCUCGAUCCGAGACAUGAAGCCUCCAAGCUGGAAGAUCUCCCGAAAGUGACCAUAAUGGAAGACCCAGACCAAAACAUCCACCUGAAGAACCUGUCGCUCCAGCAAGCCACAAACGAGGAGGAGGCCCUGAACCUGCUCUUCUUAGGGGACACCAAUCGCAUGAUAGCAGAGACUCCGAUGAAUCAAGCGUCCACCCGUUCCCAUUGCAUCUUCACCAUUCACAUUUCCAGCAAAGAGCCCGGAUCAGCCACCGUCCGGCGCUCCAAGCUGCAUCUGGUUGAUUUGGCCGGAUCUGAGCGGGUUGCGAAGACUGGAGUCGGAGGACAGUUGCUAACUGAGGCCAAGUACAUCAAUUUAUCUCUGCACUACCUGGAGCAGGUCAUUAUUGCGCUGGCAGAGAAGAACCGGUCACACAUACCAUACAGGAACUCCAUGAUGACCUCUGUGCUGCGCGACAGCCUUGGGGGGAACUGUAUGACCACCAUGAUCGCCACGCUGUCCUUAGACAAACGGAACAUUGAUGAGUCCAUCUCUACCUGCCGCUUCGCACAGAGAGUCGCUCUGAUAAAGAACGAGGCUGUUCUCAACGAGGAGAUUGACCCUCAACUGUUGAUUGCACGUCUGAAGAAAGAGAUCCAGGCCCUGAAGGAUGAGUUAGCUCUUAUCACUGGAGAGCAGAGGACUUCGGAGCUGACCGAGGAAGAGAUCCAGAGACUCGAGGACCAAUUGAACAGUUUUCUUGAUGACCAAGACCCACAAAGUACCCUAGACAUAGGGGCGGACAUGCGGAAAAUUCAGUACUGCUUUGGCUCAUUUAAGAGACUUCUCCAUGACAAGAAGACAGCUGGCAGCAGGAUGUCCUCUCCUGAGAUGUCCACAGGAAGACCUGAGACUUCUGCUGCUCGUCCAGAGGAGAUAAAGAAGCUCCGAGAUCUGCUGCAGCAAAGAGACAAUGAAAUCAAUAUUUUAGUCAGUAUGUUAAAGAAAGAGAAGAAAAGGGCUCAGGAUGCCACGUAUGAAAUGAGCCUCUCUGGUGCCCAGCUCCAUUCAUCCAGUACCCCAGGGCUCCGAGGAAAACCUGCAACAGGGUGGCCUCAGUUACCUGCAUCAUCUACUGUCCAAUCCAUGAGUGACAGCUCCUCUCCAGAAUCCGGGCCCAGCGAUCCCCACAGGAGGACAGGAGAACAGAUGUCUUUGGGUCGCCAAGAAGCAUUUGAAAUUUUCAAACGGGAUUAUCCAGACAGGUUCAGCAUUGAAGACAACAAAGCCCUGCUUAGGAAGAGAUUCGCUGAAGCCAAAUCUCUGGGAGAAGAAGUGAAUAAUGUGAGGAACAGAAUCAAUCACCUGAAAGCAGAAGUAGAACAGCGGAGAAUGCAGAGGGCAGCCCUAGGUGUUUCCAGCUCGCCUGAUGAACUGAACAAGUACGAUCCAGCGGAGGAAGAGCUGCGUGCUGAAAUGGAAGAGGACAAGAAGAGGUAUAAAGCACACUUCAGUCGCCUGAAAGGUCUGAAGACUGAGAUUGAACACUUACAGCUACUCCUGGAAAAGUCGAAGGUCAAACUACAGAAGGACUUUGAGGAGUGGUGGUCGGAGGAGGCCUCCACCUUACAGAACCGGCCAGAGGCGGUCAUGAGCAGCACGUCAUCUUCUGUCUUCCAGCGUUCUCGCAGUGUUUCAGACCAAGGGGAUUCAGUCAUCAGCAGCAACAGGAGCAGCCUGCAGCGUCCAGCAUCAAACCAAAGGGCAGCUGAUACCCCUAUCCCGCUCACGGGGGACAGCCAGACUGAUGCAGACAUCCUGGCCUUUGUGAGAGCGCGGCAGAACCUUCUGCAGAGGAAAGGCUCUGGGCAUCAGUGACUGACACAUGCUGUACCCCUGUAUUCCCCCUGACUGCCAGCAGCGAAUCACCAGCGAGUCUUCCCCCGGGUCUCUAGGGGACUCAGUGACUACUGACUGAUGGGAAAGUGAUAAGGAACUCGCUGUAACUAGAGGUGUUCUGUGCUCUCCAGCCUAAUGCUCAAUGGAAUAAUCUGUAUGUAACCCUGUAUUGCACAUGAAGCUGCAUUCAUGUCUUACAGAUCACUGAAGCAUUGUACAUGUCCUGUCUGCACUGGUGCUAAUUUACACCUAGGCAUGCAGUGUACUAUACAAAAUAGGAUAUUAAGGACCGUUUACACAUUUCAUGGAGAUCUGUGGGUUUGCCGGUUGGACCAGAAAAGUUGCAUGAUGGAAAUGGUAAUAGCACAAUAUUGCAGCAGUGCCACCUACUUACACCAUGGGACAUUCACUAUUUACUGGAUCCGACAUGUAACUUGAGUGUGGGUGCAUUUUUUUUUACAAAUAGCUGCAAAUAUUGGCUCAUUGACACACCUGAUCCGCAGCUCCCCCCCCCCCCCCCCCCGACUUCGUUCCCUAAUGACUGAACAUCUCCCAAUGGCCAGAGUACCAUCUUUCCUGCAAAGCCAUGUUCUUAGUGUGAACUAAACGGCCCUACUAAAUCAGUAAGGCAUUUGUACCAACCUUAUAUCACUUCCAUAAAGUGUAUUGUUUGCCCAAGCAUACAGGAUGCAGGUAUUAAGUGAUGAUAGCUCCUUGUGGUAGGGUUGUCAAUCAAUGGUCCAUGCAGGCCCACAAACUGAGACUGCGUCUAUACAUACACAAUACAGAGAAACUAUGGGCUUUUACCAGUGGACAUCCCCCAUCGAAGGUACAAUCAUCGACCAUCAGGUGGAAACAUCAGUGGACAACCUCACCGUGUGGCAUCUCAGGCUGAUAGUGGCUCAGCUCACAGAACAGCUGCCACUAUUGUACUCUACGUACAGAUUCCUAGCAUCAAUCCUUUCAUUCACAUGGUGCCUUUAUGAUGGCCGUUGUAAAUAGUUACUUGUAUCCUGUGGUUGUAUAUUAUUUAUAUAAUUAGUAACACCAAAAGCCUUGGAAGGGACCAUGCUCUGCAGUUCCCCUGGGUGUUAUAACUGUAGGAUACAUGCACACUACAGUGUCUAUCUCUCUCUACUCUAUGUGCCAUAAUACUGUCCUGUAACCCAGACAUGUCUGUCUGGGGUGUGGUAUGGAAAGUCGACAGUAACUAGGUUGACCACUAUUGGUCGACAGGGUCUAGGUCAAAAGGUUGACAUGAGUUUUUUAAGUGUUUUUGGUGUCGUUUUCUCUGUACAGUGACUGGGAACACCAAUUAGUGCACCGUGUCUCCUCGCAUGGCUCGCUUCGCUCGCCAUGCUUCGGGCAAGGUGCCUCGCUGCGCUCAGCACUGGUUACUGUUCCCAAUCAUAGUUCGCGUGGAUCGUUAAGUGUGAAAAAGUUCAAAAAAAGAAAAAAAUUGUGAAAAAUUCUUGUCGACCUUUUGACCUGUUGACCUAGAACAUGUCGACCUAGAGACCCUGUUGACUUAGUUACUGUCGACCAAUAGUGGUCGACCUGGUUACUGUCGACCUAGAGACUGGAUCCUGUUUGUUUGUAUCAUCCAUUUCACUGUAUGUUGUCUAUUUUGUGGUGUCAGUUAUUUAUUUUUAAUAAAAUAUAAUUGCUACAAAAAUAAAAA